GUCGAAAGAGCAACUCCAUUAGCUGACGAUGUUUUGCAAAAAGAAUUAAUAUAAUUGGUUACAAAUUGUUCUUCAUUAAAGCAAAUUAAAAAAGGGGCAAAUGAAUCCACUAAAGCCUUAAAUAGAGGUUUAGCUGAAUUGAUAAUAAUGGCUUCAGAUGCUACACCUUUAGAAAUUUUACUACAUUUACCUUUAUUAUGUGAAGAUAAAAAUGUUCCUUAUGUAUUUGUUCCUUCAAAAAAAGAUUUAGGAAGAGCCUGUGGAAGUAGUAGAAAUGUUAUUGCUAUAGCUUUAAUUAAAAAUUUAAAUUCAAAUUAAAAUGAUAAAAUUAGAAAAAUAAAAGAUAAAUGUGAAAGAUUAUUUAUUAAUGCAUGA